AUGGUGCAUACUUUCCUGUCCCUCGCAGUGAACACAGAGGUCCACUGGGGAGUAGGGCUGGCUUACAAAAUGUGUUUGAAGUUCAAAGACAGGAUGGAGCUGUGGAAGGUUUUCUGUGGUGAGGGACCAAGAGUAGAAGGAGACGCCUCCCGACGACAGACUUUUGUAGAAUCCUUAUCCUCAGUUCUUCCACCUGUGCCUCCUGCUGUCCACAGUCUCCAAGCAAGAUACAAAUUCCGUGCUGUCUUUGUGCCUGUUAAUUUCCACUACAUCCUUAUCCUCCGCACAGGAUUCAGGCAUCAACCCGAAUUGUAUUCCGUUAACCUUGCCGAUGGUGACUGUUAUAAAAGUGAAGAGCUGGGAGGGGGGAAUGUGGCUACUCCUUCUCGGAUCAAAUGUGUUGUUUCAUACGUUAGUGAAGACAUGGAAGGGUUAAAUCAUCUUCUCUACUUAUUUUACCUGAAUUCCAGUUAUCAGUCCUGUGUGGGGACUUUGAUUGCCUCUCAGUGGGUCUUGACAGCAGCACACUGCUUCUUACCAGAUCUUCAGAUCAUCUUUUAUGGCAGUUCCACAAAUCUUCGAGACUUUACUGGGGAGAUUGUACCUUAUGAGAGGAUCAUUAUUCACCCAAACUUCACUGUUACCUCUCCUAAGGAUGACCUCAUGCUGAUAAAGCUGCUUGUACCUUAUACCUUCUCCACCAAAAUUUUUCAGUUGCCUACUCUCAAGAAUGCAGUUAAAGAUUGCUUGAUUCACACUUGGUUAGACAACAAAGACUUUAUUGGAAAUUCAAACCACAAGCUGCAGAGAGUCAAGAUUCAACUGAGCUCUAAUAUAAACUGCAAAAAAUUACUGGGUGAAAAACUCCUUGAAGACAUGUUCUGUAUAGGACCCAUGCUAGGAAGCCAAGAGCCAUGCCAGGUGGUCACAGCUGCACCAGCCAUAUGUGGUGGUGAAUUACAAGGAAUUUUGUCUUGGGAAACUGGAUGUAUUCUCACAGGAUACACUGUUGUCUUCACUGACCUACACAGCUACAUUCCAUGGAUCAAGAACAUUAUGUCUACAAAAUAAGCUGAUAUAGAGCUCCAUUGACUCCCUUACCUCCCAGCUGAUCCACAGCAACCACAUUAUGUAUCUCAGUCCCAGUCUUUCCUAGGAUCUAGGCUUGAUUGGAGUUCCAAAAUAGAUCGUUGAUGACUCCUG